CCAAUCGCAUAAAUCACUUAAUACCAUUACGACAUAUGCAGGGUCCAAAAUAACAUCAAAUAAGACCGCUUAGAGACUACCCAUAUAAUAGAGUAUAGCUACCGGCAUUAUCUUUACUGAUAAUCCAUUUCGAGUCUCAAAUAUAUAUAUAUAUAUAUAAAACAGCAGCAAAAAUUAGGUAUCUCUCUCUCAUAACCAGAAACUCCAACAACCAUGGCCUUAACAUUCACCACCUUCGACGUCUUCACCAAGACGGCCUUCCGCGGCACCCCCCUCGGCAUCAUCUACGUGCUAGCAAACACACAACUCACCCAGGACCAGAAACAGCUCAUCGCGCGCGAGUUAAAACCUCUCCAAGACGGGUAUUCCUGCACGAGCAGACCCCCGCCGACAUCCGCGCCCGCACCGCCCGCAUCGACAAUCUUCACCCCGCUCGCCGAGAUCCCCUUCCUUCGCCGGCCACCCCCACCCAUCGGCACGGCAAACUAUACUACCUCCUGCACCACCUACGCCUAGGUAGGCUCCGCCAAAAUCCUAUCCACCCGCGCCGGCCCCGUGCCCUUCAAACAGGACCCGAAUGGCGGGACCGGCGCGCAGGUCGCCGUCGCGCAUAACUU